AUGUUGGACGCGGAUUCUGUUUUUGAGCGCCUCGUACGUUAAUAUCCGUUGUUUUAUUCGGGUUUAGCUCAGGGAGGCUGCGAACCUUGUUCCAAAAAUGAGUACGCCAAAGCUUACUGCUGCAUUAAAGGUGUCAUCGGCGCUACAACAACGAAUAACGGACACUCUGGCUGCGAGGUAUUAUUUUGUUUCCUUCCUGCUUAUACUCGCAGGCUGCAUCAGGAGCAAGGAGCCGCUAACCCAACCGAAUCCAAAACGCUUGCAGUUCAGGGGAUUCAGUCGCUUGUUAGGACCCCAAUAUUGUCUGAGGAUUUGAUGACUGAUAAUACCUUCCUAACUCCCAACGAUAAUGUUAGCUCUGCGAUUUCACAUGUCCUUGCAUAUUGCUCGUGACUUUUCUUGCAUUUUUACAUCUUGCCUGGUCUCAAUUACGCAGUUCAGCGUUUUCUUGAUUAGGUAGUCAAUGCUCCUGCGCAAUUUUUUUAUAGGAAGCUAUAGCGAGGGUAUAAAUCGAUAGACUUAGUGUUUUGUUUUCAGACCUGCAUUGAGCUAGUGAUUAGUUAGUGAAGUUUUUAAAGACACACAAUGACCUUUGUUAAAACCAUUGAAUGGGAUAUGCUGCCAUCGGAGCGACGCAGCCAGUACACUCACAGGACACGUGGGAAAUCCAACGACGCGGAUUUUCGUUCGUUGUAGAAAAUGCACCAAAAGAAAAGACCCUAGAUUCCAGAAAUUGCUUCGAGUUAACUCUAAAACCUGUUUUUGACAGAAUUCUUUUGUUAGCAAAUGUUGCCGACUGGUAAACUUCUACUCUCGAUUUGCAACUUAAAUGUUAUGCUUCCGAGUACAGCAUCCUCUGCUGUCGGCUGCCGAGUUCUGAGGUAACUUGUUAAACUUCUGGCGUUCUCUCGCAUCUGUUUGGAAGCACGCAGUAUGGUUGAUAGCGAGCCUUGUCUCUCGAAAUAAAGACACCCUGUUACGUCAAAUUCACAAUUAUUUUCUCAUAUCCGGUGUUGACUUUUGGCUUAUCUGGGCUUUCGUCGGUUCUUGCUGUUAGAUUGAGUUGAACUGAAUGUUUUUGGAGGACCACAUACAACCUACGGGUACAAGGUGCAGGUUUCGCUAGGCGGCUAUAGAAGCAUGAUUGAGAACAAAGGCCACUUAGGAAAGAAGGUGCGAUCGCCAAAUAACGGACUAUUAGGUCAUCAAAGAAGGACGCAUUAAAUUUGCGAGUUUGCAGAGCCUAUCCCUACCAGUUGCUUCCAUGGACUCUUUCACUGUUUUUGUUUUUUGUCUUGCUAGAUGCCUACACAGAAACUUGUUACUUUUCUUCCAGUAAACUGCACCGUACUUCGUGCGCCAUUCUUCCAAUUUUAGGCUUUUCUAUCCAAUAAUUCUUCUGUCGCAAAUGAUGAGAGCUGCCGUUGUUGUCACUUAGCUUUUUUUGGCGCGUAUGAAGUUAUUUAUUGAAGGGGGACUAGCGAAAAAUCCACUCCACGUUUUGUUCUCAUGCCAGCUAUAUUCCAAUUACAAGGGAAAGUCGAAACCAUGGGGAGACGGUUGCGGGAACACUGACCGACAAAGUUAAAAUACCUGUCCACACUUGCCAUGCACGAGCUAUUACGUAAUCUCAGACUCAAAGACUUAAAAUUGGAGAUUGCGUCGAAUCUUAAAUAAUUGGGGGGCUCAGUAGGGGCCAAACUAAGAGGGGGACUGAGUUGACCCAUCGGCUAGCAAUAUUACAAGCUAAUACACCCGCAUUUAUUAUUAAGGCGUGCUGUAGAUUGUCGCGGAGGAAGAUAGCAAUUUCGAUUUCGCUUUGUCCUCCGUCCAAAACUGAUUACGCGAGUUUAUAGCAUGCGACGACCUAAUUGGGCCUCCAUUUUGGUCUAAGUCAACAGCAGCACACCCUUUCGGAACUGCUAUAUCCCAGCUUCUACUAUUAAUCACGACAGACGGCUUUUGUCAUACUUCCUUACCAUAUGAUUGAAGCAAUCGGAAUUUAAGUUGGGGUUUUCCCGAACAAUGCUUAUCUGCGGAUAGAGUUGAAUUUUUUAAGCAUCUGCCUUCUUGUGGCCGUUUGCAUGAAGUUUUGCUUCACUUUUUAAGUCACCCUUCACUACCACAUUUUAUCUCGUUUGGCAUUUUUUGACAUGUGUAACGUUGAUCUGCGUACCUUAGUUUGCUUCGGAAGAACGUUGCAGUCAUAUACUCUUCAUAAUCCUUGCUCCCAAUAAUUUAAACGCCUUAUUUGUUUCUGCUUUAUAGAACUGUCCACAAAUUCUCAGUGGUAACUUAUACGUUUUCUAGGUACCUUAUUCGCUCAACAUUCGUUAUAGCCGAUGAGCAUAUUUUCGAAAAACGUGAUUGAUGAUGUAUCUGUUAGAUUUGCAUGUUUUUUUGACGCCAUAUUUGUCGUGUAUACUUCUUGCCGAUAUUUUACACCAAACUUUUUCCUGUCUUACAGCACUUCGUCAGUCGAAAUGUGACAACUUCCAAUUACGGAGGCCUGCCUUUUUUCUCUCAAUUUAACCAGUUUGGUAAGUCUUCAUUCACGACCUUCAUCCAGCUUUUCAUAUUUUAAAAGAACAUAUGACCAGUUCUCUGCUCACAGCAAUAUUUUCCGAGGCAAGUGAAUUAUCCGGAAAAGACUGCAAUUCCUUCUCGAUCUUUUGCUUUUUAUUGCAUUUUGUGAUGAUCUCUAACCUGUUCAAAAAGCUACAUGUUCGCGAAUUUAUAGCGCAGAGCUUUAUUUUUUGCUGGAUUUUUCUUGUAGUCUUAUGUUGCGACAAAAAUGUAAAGAACUCGGUACGAGUCAAGCUUUCUGUGUUCUGAUGUCGCUAUCUCUGAGAGCUGCUUGAGAUAUAGGGGCUAAGAACCUGAGCAAUGGUCUACGGCCUUUCCACGAAUUAAGUCCUAACUCCUGAUUGUUGACGGCUGAAUCAGUUUAUGCUUUUUCAAAAUGACAGUUAUAGUGAGGAUGUGACUGGACUCGCGUUGCGUUGAUGGUACUCAGUUUGACUUUUUGCUCUAUAUAGCUGGAUCUUUCUUUGGGGUAAUGACGCGGCUCUUAAUUUCUAGUCCACCAGUUGAGUUCUUGAUCCCAAGAGAGUGAAUUACUGUUUCAUAUCUACCUCCAUAAUCUAACCCAAAUGCUGGAAAGAAACCUGACGUACAUAAGAAUACAACCUCCAACAGAAGAUGAACAAACGAAAUCUCGGCUGUAGACAAAGUUACCAAGAACCUCACGGACUCAAGUUUGAUACAGUAUCUGGCGUUCUAUCCGAUUAAGGUGUAGUAUGGCCUUUGUUUGCAGUGCACGAGGAGGGGAACCUUUUCAAGGCUCAUAAUCCGCCAGGCCUAAUCUUUUGAUGGACUAAUUAUAGUUAUUGUCUAGUCUCGUACUUUUAUCCUGCACUGGCAGAGGCCAGCGCCAGUAUUGCCUUGGCCUCCUCCACUGUCCAGAGCAUAGCAAAACAGCUCUUUGGGGCUGUCUGACAGCCGACUGAAUCUUCAGCAGUCUGGCAGUUGAUUUUCCAGUCCCGAGGACUUCCAAUUCGCAAACUCAACGCAAUUUGUCGUUUAAACCAGGCCACCUCAGUCCAUUUUUUCACAUGGUCACCACUGAGGUGUUGCGAAUCCAGACGGCUUUGGACAGGAUAUUGACCAUCUAUAAAAGGUGUUCCUAGUCGUCCACGAGAGCCCUCCAAUCGGAGCCGAAACAUUGUCUGGAUGUCUCAGUUCUCAAACACUUCGAGUUUCCGCAGGUCAGCAGAUCUAGACUGUCACUUUUUGCAGCAGUGAAAGGGGGUGUUUUUGAUUUUGUCCUCUAACACUCGUUAUUUCUUCCUGUUUGAUCUCUCAGUGGCAAGAUAAGAACGUGAUCAUGCUACUUGCGAGUUACAUACGAUUGCCUUUUCGACGGUUGAAUGUUCUUUGCGUUAAUUUAUUCGGAAAUGGUCCCGUCCGUAGCAUAGAAUACCCGAGCACGAAAUAUAUUUGACCGCAGGAAUCCUGCCCUACAUUAAACAUGAGGGACACCUUUCGCGGUGUUAAAUCACUAAGUUCAUUUUCAAGUCGAAACGCUGUCCAAGCGACUCACUCGCUAAUUCAGUCGAAGUCUGGGGCGGGAUAAAAGGAAUUGCCAGGCAUAUUUCGCUGAAAUUAAUGCUAUUUUCCGGGAUUCGUCGCAGGAUUUAUAUAUGGCUUGAGCAGCCUUUAGAAAGGCGAAAGCUGUCUUGGUUUUUCCCUAUCUAAGUGCCAGUCAGAGUUCCGAAGCUGUUCAGACGUAUGCCAUCAAAGGCGCUGAUGUCGUUGCUGAAUUCCCGCAACAGAUGGCUGUGCAUAGUCGCAGUCUUGUGAGAGAGGGCUGUGUAACGCGUGCCAGUACGACUGUCCUCCCAUCGAGGUUUCUUCGUUCCUAUCGUCCGGCUGACUCCGUGCCUCUCUCCCAAGGAAUGCCGAAGAAACAGACACUUUUAUAUUGCAUCACCACUUUUGGAGAAUAUAGGUCUUAGUUAACUCUCACAGACCGUGCGGACGACAGAGUUCCCCAAAUAUGCUUUCAGUGCUUUGAGACUCUGCGCGUUCGCCGAUUUCCGGCAUUCGGGCAUACAUCCGUUAUGUCCCAGUGUGCAGAUGAAACCUGGGCUCGAACAUUCCCUAAUAUGACCAUUUUUCGUUUAUGCAGCACAGUUGUGCUCCGUAGUGGCAUCUUUUUCUCUCAGUGAUAGCAACCUGCUGUUGCAUUGUGCUGAAACUCACGAGGUUCGAACUUUCUCAAACAAGGGAUUUUCAGAGUCUCUUUGGAACUGAGGUCUGAGGUUAAAGCUAUACUCGCGCCCAAUAGUGUACCUACCCAGCACGUAUCUACUAGAUGGUCAUUCUGUCACUAAAUUUCAAAACACUUUUCUAGCUACUAGAAAUAUAUUGUCACAAGAAAAAAGGGAGGUGGCGGUCGCCAUUACCACGUCGAUUGUUGAUGACAAACUGACCGAAAAUGGGGUGCUUUGUCUGGUUACGUAUGUCUGCGCACAUGUUCCAAUCUGAUGCGAUCUUUAUACUUCUGGUACACGGAGAAGACAUGGGCCCGAGGGCAUGCAGAUACAGUAGGUGGCAAAACUCAUGAACAUUCACGCGCUAUCGGGGCUAACUCAGCAGGCGCUCCUUUACAUCAAACGAAACGCAGAAUAAUAGACUAAGCAACCUCAAUUAAGAAGAGAACGCAGAAAGGUACUUCAAGUAAUGUUAAUUUGAAACCGAAAUACCCAAAAUAUAUACGCCACAGUUUAUCAUUUGAACUUAUUUUAUGGGAACCAAGGGCAACUGCAAAGACGAGUAAAUAUACAUAGUAUGCGUAAAAGGCUUUAAAAUAAAAGGGCUGAAUUUCCUUUAUUUAUGAUAACAGUAUGCCAAUCGGAAGGAUACUGGGCUUUAAGCAAACUUUACUGCAUUGAAAUAUGGUAUUCAGAAAGUAGUCCCUUUCUACAGUGUUCGGAAUGCGGAUGACCUGCAACACAAACAUAACUUUGCUUAAUUUCGUGGUUGGAAUUCAGGUAUAAACUUAUGGUAAAGUCCCAUAUCAAGAGGCCGACGGUCAGCAAGAAACUGGCAGCACAAGUGAUAUUCGCAAAAGGACGAUACAGCGGUAGAGGGACGUCCACCGAUUAUGUCGCAGAGGUCACUCGCCCCGUUGUGCGUUGGGGCUCUUUCUCGAGCCCAACCAACAACCGCAAAGCGGCGCGUAAUAUAGGCGGAGUAACAUUAUCGACAUAGACAAGGGAGACUGGAAGUGCGCACAUCCUGUUCGGCAACGGGAGUUUAAACUCCUCAUCUAGGGACGCCAGGUCCAAUACUAGGCAUUGGGCUUACUGAUAAGGACUCGAACUCGUGUGUUCUCACGAACCCUGGAGACGAUAUCUAUUCGGCAUGCCGUAGGUUAUCGUGGAAAACCACGGCCGAGGCUCCCACGCCUUUGUUCUGAGGUUCUAACCUGCAAAGCCAUGACUGUCAGUAACGCCUUACCAGAGGGCAGUCAUAAUCUACCAUGUCCUGAUCUCGAUUGGGCUUGUGAUAUUUUUGCAGACCACCCAAUUGCCAAAUCGAUUACCAAUUGCACUUGACGGUAGCACCGUCGUGUGGUCCGCUCUUGUUUAUUUAACGGCCAGCUGUAGCUGUAGUUGAACUGCGACUUAACCUCCCCUGAGUUUUGUUUCCCUCCCUUUCCCUUCCACCGAUAACCAACAUGGAAAAACAAGCACUUCAUGGACAGGUUCUUUACCAUUAUUGGCUUUAAAGGUAAUGUACUUUGAUAAUGUAGGUUGCACUUGUUUCUAGUGAUGAUAGGUCAGUGUAGCGAAGCCCGCUGAGAAUAUCCUAGUAAGAGCUAGAACCUACUAACAAACUAAGUUAGUGGUGAAGUUUUAAAAGCAUUUCGUUUAUCCCAAAAUCGUAAAGCAAACUGGAAAAAUGACAAUUUCUUAGUCGUGGUAUGUAUUUCGGAGGAAGCACUGUCUGUAGCUAAAGUCGAUAGUGAUGUAAAAUCUUUUAGAACAAUAACGCUUUCGAACUGCUUUGAUUACCGCCCCCCUUGUUAACGCUUAGGUAGAAGCGCCGUCAGUGCACCUCAUGCGAUUUCUAUUGACCAUUUUUACUCCCGGCUUACUUCCUAAGGUCUUUUGUUCUUGGGGCACAAUCCACGUAUUUCCCCAAGGAAUGCGAAUCAUAUUGCUAGAGCCACGAACGCACUGGCACACUGUCAAUAGCCUCCAAACUCUCCGUAGAACUAAUCCUCUGAAUACUUGUCAAGGUUGGUAAAAGGAAAACUCGUGAGGAACAGGCGUGCUAUGUAGAUUGCUUGCUCUUAAUGCAAACAAUGCUUGAAAACCGUCAUUCCUAUGGUCAAGUGGCGACCGCGACCUUAUUGAACCGCAGGAUUACAUUUACUCGGCACAUUUUUGCCAAGGCCUUGGGUGUGUGGCAAUGUGGCCGGCUGAAUGAUCAAGACUCACCGAAUCAGCAUCGCAGUCCGUCACAUCCGGCGUCUAGAUAUUCUGUUGAGAAUGAAAAAAAGUAUUCUCGGGACCAAUAUCGAACGGGUGCUGUUGCAGUGUCCAAAAGCGCUAGCCCUGUUGACGAUAACGCCCAUGAACUAGCCGUCGAAAAGUGAAAUUGGACUUUCACGUCAGCCCUCACGUACUUCUUACUCAUUCACACACGGCCACCGAAUCAACUGACCAGUUUGCAUGUCCUACAAAGCUGGGCAGAAUACACAGUAUGCCGGAAGACCGCUCAUUUACCCCAACUAAUGUCAUGUCGAAAUGUUUGUCAGGUCGUCUAGGAAUGGGGCCUAUAGGAGGAACAGGAGUCUUGUCAGCCACGACCCACUUUACACUUCCUACGGAAAGGGAGGCUGGUCGCGUAGUGGCAUAAGGCGAGAUUUUAUCAUUGGUUUGCUACAUUAUUACGGGAUGCCUCAUUGAUUUGCUCGUUUAAUCUAGAUUCGCCUUUCAAGCCAAAAUGAGUCUGAGCUACUGUCCACACUUAUUUAUCGACUUCAGUACGAAGCACAGAGGCACAGCAAUUUGAAGAAGACCACCACAGGCCAAAGACUAAAUUUGAUUCCCGAUGACCAGGGUCAUCUUUUGUUUUUAUGUAAAAUAUCGGCUCGAAAUUCACACAUCUGCAAAUGUCCCGUUUGCCAGGCAGACAAGAAACGGUGAUAGUUCGACCGUCGAUUCCGACGACGUCCACCGUGUGCCCUACAGCAGGGUUGGCGCAGGGAGGGUGACUUUCGUGUGAGUUAGUUUAUAGUGAUAGUAGACUGGCGCCGCAUCUGGCGCACCUUGGCCCCAUGACAUGUCAGAGUAAGGAAGACCGGGGGGGAAGAAGGCCCACGUGGCUGGCGCGGCAUGAACCCGCAUCCAAACGUGCUAUCUCACUCCUGAUCUAUGCGUAAACGACCAUGAUUUCACUCAAGAAAGGAGAUGGGACAGCCCAAAUCUCACAUCAGAGGAGCCACAACAAGAAGGAGCCGAAGAAUGCACCUCCCACCUACAUGAAAGCUGCCUAGUUCGUGUGUGAUUUUUGACGUGUCCAUGUGUGGUGCAUGUGUUGAUGGGGAAAUGUGCGGUGAUGUGGUUUAGCUUGCGCUGAUUUAUUGCAGAAUUCCAUGGAGGUGCAUGCGACCGAGUAUGUGUGUGGAGAGUGCGGACAGUCGAGGCGGUGCUCCAGACACUUUUUCGCCGGUCUGUGUGGACGGUGGAAGCUGGUACGGCCAGUGUAUGUUGGAGCUCCUGGCACGGGUGAGCCGGUCACUGUGCGAUUGAUUUGCAAAUGACCUACCAGGCCGAUGCGCGAGGUGAAUGUGCGAUCGCUAUGAGGACAGGUUGGGAUUGAGACAACAUUACUGGCGAUGGGAGCAGUGGUUGUGAGGGUAGUGAUCAAGAGUGUUCUCGCCAAUGGUUGGAGUAGGAGAGGUGGUAGUCGUCGCGGGAGUCGCGGCAGGAGUGAUGGAGGUGGUGGAGGUGGUGGCCAUCAGGAAUGUGGUCAGCAGUGGUGACGGAGGUGGUCGCCGUAGGGGUUGGGCAGGAGUAGGGAUGGGGGCGUUUGCGGAGGCAGCAGGUAGGGUUGUCGGGUCGUUGUUGAACUGGAUCCGGAGAUGUCCGACAACGUCGAUUGGCAACCUUCUAUGCCAUGAAUGGUAAAGCGUAAUGGUAGUUCAAAAACCAGCCUUCUUUUUUACAGUUCGGAAAAUAAGCGUAGAUUCCACUUGGUGUCGAAUGGGGUUCGUCUUUUCGUCUGUCGCUCCCGUCUGGUUGAGGAUUGGCCUCGACAGGUCGUGUACCGGUUUGUCGUUCCUAGAUGACGUUGGAGCAGACAGCUUACGAAGUUUUCUCUCUGGGGCUGUUUCGUGUGGCGCUUUCUGUUCGCGGGCUCGUUUGGCAACCCUCCACCGAAGCAGUUUUGUACCGUUCUCGCCCAUGAACUCGCAGCACCUUGCCUUUUCUUGCCACCACUACCAUUAUCUGCAGCUGUCUCUGAUGAUGGGUUCGAGUGAGAAUUCGAAACGUCAGGCCAGUAAAUUUCCUGUUCCUGUAAUCGCAUCUUCGUCUUCUAAAGAGGCAUGUUUUUGUGGGGGACGCCGUGUUGUCCAGUUGACUCGGUGCGUUAAGCGCUGUGCAAGUCUACUGCCACUAAACUAAUUCACGCACAAGUCACCGUGCCUGCCCUCACCUUGCUGUGGAGCACACGGUGGACAUCGUCGGCAGCGACGGUUGAACUCCCAAGCUCGUAUGUGGCCUAGGGUUGUCUGGGCUGGUGAUGCGGAGUAGAGACUCCUAACUUUGGUUCGCCGGUCUCAGGCCGAUGCUUGAUUUAAAUGCAUGAUGGCCGUAAAAAGAGGAUGAGACACCGGCUGCAGAGCCGUUGGUGGGGACGACGCUCUCGAAUUUGGCGACGCUAGUGGUGGUAGAGGAGUUUUCAGGUGUCGGAGCUAGGUUUGCCUAGACGACGUUGUUGUGAAUCUCGCUUCCGUGGAUGCGCAUGUGGACGAAGAGUCCCAUGCGCUGUCUGAAUGACCUGAAACAGUGUGGGCAUGUAAGGUGUAACUGACGGGUAUAUGUUUGGAUUCCAUACGCCGAUUUGCUGACCUCAAUGCGAUGGAUUCGCAAGUGGGUCGAUCAGGCCUCUGAGAUUCCAAGGUGCGAUCUCAGUGGGGACAAGUUGGGAUUGAGUCCACAUUGCUGGUGAUUGUGGCAAUGAUAGGAAGGUCUGGCAGGGUGGUGAGCACCCUCACCGGUGACGCUGGCAGUAACGAUAAUGGUUGUUUUGUGAGGUGAUAGGCGUGCUGGUCGUGUCAGUCUCAUUAUAUGUGGUGCGGACCAUCGUUUCAUCGUGAAGUUCUCACAUCGUCUGUUUAACAGGCUCUGGACACCGCAAUUCCGACAUUAUUUCCACCCCGUCGUGACUGACUGUUUUAAAGGCCUUGGCUAAAUUUACGAAGGUAGUAUGGAACGGGGUCCUCAUUUCUUUACAUUUCGCUUUUUGUUGACGGUCAGUGAAGGUCAUGCCAUUGUUCCGUAGCUCCUUCGGAGUUCACAGUGAUUUUCCAGAAGAAGUACUUGUUCUAGCCGAAGGUUCGGGCGAUUGAGCAGGUCGCUGGGGAGGAUUUUGCCUGCGAUGUUGAGGAGGAGAUGCUUCUGCGACGCCAUUUAGCUGUCGGUCCCCAUUUCGUAUAUAGUAGUGGUCUGUGGUAACGUUCUGAUACAUUUGCAUUUGUCUCCUCAUCGCCUAGAACAGAGAAGUAAACUUGUCCACGACUUGUGAACAUCCGUAUUUGUAGAUUUCAGCGGUAAGUGAGUUCGCGCUCGGUGAAAAGGCCAUUUUGUUGGCUUCUCUUCUUUGGUUGACAUAAGGUGUGUGCAGCCUAUUCUCGGAGAGAAGAUUGCAGAUCUCCCGGCUGUCAUAAGGACAAUCGUAGUGCUGACUUCGUGCGCGACCAGGCACUUUCAGAGUAGUGGGGUAUGGAUGACGCUUCGUAGUUGGUCCAACAGUUGUGUCCGUCCCCUGAGCUUGCGUUUGUUUCAGGCGAUUGUAAAAGUGUGAUCGGUGGUCAGUCAUAUCCAGCAGUGCAGUAUUUAACUUACCUGGUGAGCGCCCGGGAUGCUCCAGUUGCAACCUUGUCUUAGAGGUCCCUCUAGCAGUCGACCUCACACAUCACUAGCAUUUCGCGCUGAUCACACCUCCGAACGGAGAUGCAGUGUAGCAGCUCCCAGUGCAUCCACGUCGUCUCCCCGAUCUGAAGGCGGAAAAGGAUAUUGACCAGCAGAAGACUGUUUAACGCAGGCCUGCGAGGGGAGAAGACCAUUGAUGUUGGAACUGCCGAUCCCCUCGCGAUCCAGGCAAUGGAGUCUGUACCGACGUGGACAUUAAAGUCAUCAAGGACAGUCAAUUUGUCCACUCUCAUCACAGUCACUGGAAGGCAUGCCGGUUGUCGUAGGCCUUGUUCCUAACCUCAUCGCAUCGUUGGGGAUGUGUAGGCACUGGUGGUGGUGGUGGUGGUGGUGGUGGUGGUGGAAAAAUGUUCCAGCCGAGAGGCAGGCGCAGGGUUAUGAGAUGGUCGUUGAUGUCUCGUGACAGACAAGGCGGUCGUCCCGCGAUGUCGUUCCAGAUGGCAAAGAGGACUCCGGCGUCACGUCACCUUGUCUUUGGACAUCAGCUCCAGAAGAUCUAUCUGAUACCAACCUCAUUCAGUUUUCCUUGUUCGGCACGUCGAGGCACGCUUAGAGCCGUGAUUUUUACCGUGUAGUGCGCUAGUUCUCGGUCAAUCAGAACUGUCAUUUCUGGCCGGUUUUGUAGCAGGUAUUUUAAGAGGAAACGAACAUUCCAAGCUGUCAAAGUAAGCGGUGUCACUCUGGAAGUCUGUGGGGAGACCCAUAGACAAAGGUUUUGAUUUCGUUUGUUUGUUUAACCGCGUGCUUUGCGUGCACGAGCCAUUGCCAGCUUACAGACUGACUGUUCAGAAUUUUUAAGACGCCUUUCUAGCUGCUCCUUCCGCGAGGCUUUCACCUCAGUUAUGGGAGAGAUAUUUUAAUAAUGACUGUCUUAUGUACUUAUAGAACCAAAUAAGUUCAUUUCAAACUCAAAUAUGCAGACAGUGCACCAAUGUAAGAGAUUUGACGGGCGUUCGACGGCCCUCCCAACAUUCAUCCAUCAGUCGUGCUGCAACGGAUUCCCAGGUAUCCGACCAAGCCAGUGACGUUUAGUAGGUGAUCACCCCUGCGCAUGGCUGACGUUGAACCGAAAGCGUUUGGUCAACGGCGCAACGAUGUAGUUGGUAGACGGGAGCGCCAUGCACAAAGCCAGGUUUUGCAGUCGCUUGACAUUAAUUUGUAUUCGAACAAACUCAGAGCUAUCUGCUCCCCUUUUACGGCAGAUAGCCGUGCUUGCUAGUAGCGCAUUUGUUUUCUAGGGCCCUUGGUUGAUUUCAAGUCUUUUGAGUGAGUUCUUUAAAGUAUCAGCGUAUCGCUAUUUUCGCCUACCUUUCCUGCGAGCUCUUGUGGCGACUUGACGACAGAAAAGGCGCCUAGACAGGUGUUUAUCAGCCAUCCUCGCGACGUUGUCGUUCCAUCGAAGUGGGAUGGACUCCAACAAGGCAUAAGUGCUAAGUCCUCGCGUUGUUUCUACAGCCUUGGCGUCCAUCCUUUUGUCCUAUAUCGGAGCGUAGUCAGGACAACAGCUCCAUAAAUCCUCAGUCUUGUGUUGAGGAGUGUCACGACAAUUCCAGACUGAAUAUCGUAUGCCUGUCCAAGGUCAGAUUGGCUUUUAAGAUUCGGGCCGCAAUUUCGUUGGCUACUUUGAUAUUCCUUGAGAUGGUACCUGUCAUAUGCUGGUUUUGACCAAGAGUUUCGAGGUGUUUGUCGUGCACAACUAACGUGGGUUGGCGCACGCCAACGGUUUACUGCGUGUUCACGGUUAACCCGAAGUUGGCACAUGCGGACGCACCAAGCUCCAGGCCUAGCUAGGCGUACGUCUCAGUUUAAGUGUUUGGUGCUCGGUUUUCGGUCGAAGAGGUCAUGCAUCCUGACCUUUAUGUGUGAACUUUCAUGCGGCGGCUGUUAUAUAGUUUCCCACCGGUUUCUUGGCGUCUGAUCGAUCCUCUCGAUUCAUUUCCGCGAGCAGUGAAGAGAACAUGAGACUGAACGAAUACGUGCAUCCGGCUCCACCCAAUUCAUUAUCGCGAGGGCUUCCGAGGUUGACCUUUUUCCGUGACCGCUUGUGUGAAUGUUUCUAUACAUCUGAAGUCCGUCUGGUUCUACCAUAUCAGAAGCCUUUGUAAAGUAGUCGGAGGUGGCAGAGAGUCUCGUUCUAAUUUCUCUACACUUUCUGCAGUUUCCACUCAGCGAAGGUCAUGUUGAUUGUUCCACGACCCUCCCGAAAACCGCGUUAUGCCCAGGAAUAAGACUGUUCCAGGUGAAGUUUGGAAUGAUGGAGAUGGAUGUCAGCAAUACUGUAGAAGGGGUUUCAUUUGCGAAGGUGCCUAGUGUUGUCCGUUAAGCCUUCCUAACCUCCACGAAACAUCUGCCUUACUUUCCUGGUCAUCUGCCGUAGGAUGCGUGGGCGAUCGAGCUCAACUUUGGCUCAAGUCUGAUAAAGCGCAUCUUUGACUUUCCGUUGCCGUUUCAUCCAACUACCUGUUGUGCAUCUUCCGUACUUUCUACUUCACUUGGUAUCUCUAUCAGAAAAAUGCGGUUUUGUUGGAGCGUGUCCUGCGUUGAAUUCUUUCUCCUUGUAAUUGAGUCAGUCCCGGUGUUUUUGGUGUGUGUCCAGGUGUUUGCGUAGCAGUAAUGCUGAUGGCGUCCUGCAACCUACUUCGUUUGCUCAAAAAAUAAUCAGCAUCCAGGGCCUGUGUUUGCUCUAAUGGUGUUCAUUUGACCAGUGAGCUCAAGUCUGCUUUCAACUGUGUCUGUAUGAUAUGCUUAACUCCAUUUCAGGGGUUAGAUUUAUACUCGUUUUGGGGUUGACCAGGCAGUGGUCGACUAAGCUUUCGUCAUUGCGCAUCGCCCUAGUCACAAGCACGUCUCUUACAUCUCUCGACUAGUACAAAAUUUGAAAGUCGCCUGCGGCGCUUACGAGGGUACAUUGACUUAGUCUCGUCGCGGUUGAGGAUGUCAAAGACGGUGUUGGUGAUGGGAAAGUUGCCCUCUAUGCAAUUUCCGGACUGAAAGAAUCCGUUUCUGUUUCCAAUAUUCGCCCCCUUAUUACAAAACACCCUCCUAAAUGGUGUGAAGUGCACCUGUGCAGUGACGUCCUCGAAGAUAGUCAAUUUGCCUUCAGCAGAGACACGAUGAUGUCGUGCCGAUCUUCAUAGAAUUUGUCUUUCACAUUGUCAGUAGUUGUCGUCCAGGUGGUGAAGUAGUCUGGCGUUACUGUCAUGGGCGGUCAUUGAUUCCACGUGAAAGGGAAGGUAACUUUUCUCCAAAAUCAAAACUGGUUUCUUCCUACACACUUGUACACGGACGACGCUACUGUGCCGGCCGACCCUAUAUUUCUGCUUAACAGCGCUUUGAAGGAUCGCCUUCCGUUCCGAUCCGUCUGCACAGGAACUAAGUUGAAGCAGUUGACGUUUUAGCACCACGGCCGAACACUUCAUGACCGGUCAUCGGUUGUCCACCUGGAUUUUGUUCCCAGUCCAAGUCCGUGAAUGCCUCACCUCUGUAUGGGCGGUACCACCGACGAAAACGCCACAAGCCUCGUUUGGCCUUUUGGCCAAUCUGUCAAUUCCACAGUUACAGUCGGGAUCGAGCAAAAUACUGCGCCAUCCUGAUUCGAAACGAGGCUCCCUCCUUGACUUGCCUAUUUAGCGAAAGCUCUGACCCAGAAGAGUUAAGUCAGUUUCUAUAAUUCAGGAGCUUCCCCAUUAACCGUUGUGGACUGGAUACCUCCGUUCAGGUUUUAGCUGCUGUACCGUCAAGGUGGUACGUCAACCCCUAUGGAAAAACUGGUUGUCACGCGCCCAAAUAAUGUCGGCGGGAGAGCACAAUCCUUGUGGGCGCCGGAGGGUGGGCUCCAUGAUCCACUUGGACUUUUCCAGCUAUGCUCUCGGACCACUCUACUCAUUUUGAUUUAAAUUUUCUGAGGUCUUAGUAAACUAUUGACUACUUGUUUUGACUGGCUCUUGCAGCUGGGCCUCAGGGUAUACUGAAAGCAGGAGUCAAAAUAAGAUUUUAACUUGCUUUUCUCCAGUUAAAGUAUUGUCGUUGAAAUGAUGACAAGAAAGCUGAACCACCUCAACUCAACAAAACCGCCGUGAGUAUUUCAGCAACCGCCCCCCCUCCCCCCAUCCCAGCUCGGACACAUUCCCUUAGUUUUGUUUGUUGGUAAAACUGAAUGCCUCACUGGAUGUCAGACUUAUCCCUCCACACGCAGCGAGAGGAUUCAAGUAGAGGGGAGCGGACAUCAUUUGCUUCGUGGAAAGUGUCGCCCUACUCUUGCUACUACUAUCACUACUACUUCUACUCACAACGCCACUGACGGAGUCGCGGAAUUUUUUUAGCCCUAUCGCUAGCGAAAGUACUCCUUCGCGGGUCUCGCCCGCUUGUGACUGUGAUGGUGAUAGCUUUUGGGCCGGUGACAGCAGGACGCGGGGCAGCAUCGAAACCGAGCACCGUUCUGAGUUUCGGCCCAUAUGGGAAGCGGAGGCAACGCAGACGUAUUCUAUGCUCCUAGACACACAACAAGACACGCAUGGCAGGCACAGGCAGUCUUGCAUUCUGUCUGCCUUUCGCCAUUUGAUUGGUUGUGUUGGUCCUGCCUGUGUGUGUCUACAUUGAUCGGUCACUCCCAUGCUUUCGCGCGUGACAGGCCUGCGCGCUCUCACUCGCCGCGUGUCUCUAUGGCGCAUGUCAUUCCGCGCUCAGGACGCGCCUGUCGCAUCGAUUCUCCCGCGCGAAUUAUCCGCCCUCCCCACUUCCCCCCUCCUUCUGGCCUGCAAUGGCAGCACCAGACCCUUUGGCGCGUUACUGCUUCUGUCCCGGCCGAUAAUAGUCGCCGCAAAAAACGAAGUUCUUACAGCAACAACAGGAGUAGGCAGCGGUUGCGCUUUUUGUAUCAGCUAAAGUCAUGCGCUUGAAACUGACUGCCCUAGUAGUCCUGGCCCCAGUGUUUUACCUGCAUGGUACAGUCAUGUGUUUAUGAAAAUACUCGGAAAGUGGAUCUUUAGCGCUUCACCCAGGGACUGUUGGUACCGAAGGCCUUCGUACUGGCACUUUUGUCCGGAAUGUGGUACCUCGCCAAAACGUCAACUUACGAAGACGGUACGAUGCCCUGUUCUAACCAGGUCCUUGCUGAGAGCAGGUGCACAGAAGACGACUGUAGGUAAUGAGGAGAGAGGGGGGAACGAAAAAGUCGUAAAACUAAGGGCAGAGCUGCGACGUAAGGGUUCUGAGAACAGCGGAUUUUAGUUUUAUGUCAGACGAAACAAGUCUAGAGCGAAGAGCCAUGGGAUCCGGAGAAGCUCAAAGGGAUUCGCGGGGACGCUCGCAUUUACACAUAUUUUCAUCACGUCGGUCACAGGAUCUGCAGCCCCACGUGUGCGCAAGUCGCGGGUCGGAAAAACGACGGGAGUUUGGGGUCAUCAUUUUCGUCGCUGACCGCGGCAGCCAGACCCUGCCUACCGCUACUCGAGACCGGCUGGCUCCGAAUGGCGAUUGACCUUUUCAAGAUGCGCCCAUUGCAUGAAAGUGGGUUUGCCAAAUAUCAGAACAAAAAUACCGGGACUUUGCGCCCACCUUAUAUAACUAACAAGACGAAGAUCGGUUACCAUGACACUGGUAACCUGGACGUGUAAUUUACGUUCCUAAUAACCCCUCUUUUUUCACGAACACACACAGCUGUGAGUCAGCGCACGGCGACUCUGGUCACCAUAACCAAUCCACAUGGAACCAGCCUGGCGGGCGCUACUGUUGUUGGCACCCUGGCCCCGGGGACCACCCUCAUUCAAUCACAGCAGCAGCAGCAGCAAACCCAACAGCCAUCCACGGCGGUCUCCCAAUCACAUCUCCCUGACCCCCCUUCCGACACCAACUGCAUGGCGUCCAACGUCAGCAACGUCAGUCUGGCGCCCACUACUUCUAACGGUGCGCCCCAGCAGUGCAGCAAUGCGGUUCAAAUGAGCAAUGCUAAUGGCCACAUCUUGGUAAUCCCGCCGAUGCCAGGCUUUCUUGUUAUUUUUUCUGCUCCUCUCUUGAACCUGGAAAUAUAUCAGUUAAAAUUGGGUAAGAUUGGACUUCCGCUACUUAAUGUAGGUGGCCGACUAGAUGUGACCUGACACUCAAAAGCACCUGUCUCUGUUACGUGUUGGAAGUUUUCCCAUUUCAUCUCUGUAUCCUUUGGGUGAUGCGAAGGGGCUCGCGAGUUAUUCUGCCUGAGAUUAAGCAACAUCCUUACGGCCAGACUGCAGGAUGGAACAUAGUCUUCCGUUUUACAUUGGAUCGCGAUCCAUAGCCCCCUGAACAUGGCUUCACACACAAGUCUUAUCGGCUUAGCGCUGUCGUAUGACUGGCGGACAGCGGCGAGUAAGCCAGAGCUGAGCAUUUCACUUUCCCUUGCCCCGUCCGCAAUACUUGUCAUUUAUUGAUUCCUCGUCGAUCUAUAACCGUCUGUGGCAAAAUGAAGGGUUCCUCUCUGGGGGUCAAGCUAGGCCGAUGAGUGACACCGUUCGUAAUCUCGGCUGGCAGAACGUGAGCUCACUGAUUAGCUGGAGACGGACUGAAAUGUCAGAUCUUUCCGACCCGGGGUUAGAUUUGGGGCGUGUCUGGCUGACGACGAUAAAAUUUUGUGAGCACUAGACAGUGAGUUUUGGAGUGGACCCUCAGCUGCUAUUUUCAGUUAACGUUACCCAACUCAAUUCGAUAAGGAAUGUGCUACAGGUGCACUUUCCUGAACGCCUCCUCAAGGUCUGUUGACUGAUCUCCGUGAAAAGCUGUCAAUGUGUCAGUAGAUGCAGAUGGUGGUUUGGGAGGAGGGGGAGGGGGGGGUUACGCAGAUGCACCGAACGUGUACUUACUAAACAAAUUAACACGCACGCCAGUUUGCUGGGCCCACCUGAUGAGGUAGCGGUGGACGCUGUGGCUUGCGAUGGCCGGACUGUCAGCUACAGAUGGUUGUCCAGCGACCGUCAUCAUACGACCCGGCAAACAGUCAAAUUCUGCAGCAUACCAAAAAAAACAGCUGUGACUGGAAUAGUCAUUUUCGGACUUUUUGUCGUCUUCUGACACCUGUAACCUAGGCCCAGCCGGGGCAGACCCCGAUCUGUUUGCGCAUAGGGCCGACGCCCCAUGAUUGGGCCACGGUCUCACACCCUGUCUUAUGCAUUUGACGCUCACCUAUCUAUCGACUACUGGUUACUCAUCGCCUAGCGGCCGUCCACAAGACCGAAACUCUAGGGCAAAACAGGCCAUCGUGUCUCGUCCUACAACCGGGUAAAUCGGUGAACGCCUCUUCUAUGUAACAUUGAGCUGAAAAUUCUUCAGUUAUGUACUUGCACACCUUCCCGGCAACCCCCGCGUCAUGUACGCUUUAUUAUAGCUGCACAGGCUUGUACAACCACAGGCAAUUGCAAGACGUGAACUGCUGAUUCACUAUGAUGGAGGCGCUUUUCAUUGAGUAAAUUUCUGCACUUUUUGACGUCCAUCAAUUCUACAUUACUACAGCAAUAAAUUUAAACUAUUUAAACUCCCUCAUGUCACCAUCAGUUUAUCACACUGAUAUAUUCUUUGUACUUCUCACAGAAUUCUGUUUUCGAUCAUUUUCCAAGUGCCCACCUGAAGGUACUUCUGCCUAAAUGUAUGCCCGUAAUCAGUUCCUGGGUCUGAUCGAUUUAUGAACAUCGGAAAGGAGAUUGUAGAUCCCGAAAAAACGUAAUCCUUUGCAGAAAGCCAAAUAACAGAUGACUUUGGAUGUACGUAGAUACCCCUCUCGACUAAAGCUGUCAGAUCCCUCGAUUUAACUCGAGCUCUUUUCCCGCCCCCUUUCAGCCGGCCAAUGACGGUCUCGAUUUGAAGCCGGACCCCGUUGCCUGCCUGGCGAGGGCAGCGGCUGCUGGCCUGAACACUAGUGAGGCCCUCUUCGCCACUUCGAAUCCCUCCGCCGACUUGGCCAGCCUCGGAUUUGUCCCUCUUCCUGCACUCACUCCGAUUUCGGCAGCAGCGGCCGCUGCAGCCGUCGGACUGCCCGACAGUAGUAACGGCGGUGUUCAUGUAAUCUCCGCGACCACCGUUUCCUCCUCAUCCUGCACGGAAGCCACCACUGCUUCCACCCACCAGCCCCUACCACCCACUGCGACGGUUACAACAACCAACUCUCCUGUUACUGCCGGCGGCGGUAGCGGUGGCAGCAGCGGAAUGGCCGGGAUUCCUUCCCGUCACUCUAGCCCCGUAGUCAUGGUUGCAGCUGCGGAUGCUGUGGGCGGUAAGGCUGGUCCAUAUGGAUGUCGAGAGUGUGGCAAAGAGUUUCGUAUCCUACGCUACCUUGAGAAGCACCGACGUAUCCACACGGGUGAGAAGCCCUAUCAAUGUUGUUAUUGCGGACGACAGUUCAAUGAUUGGCCCAACAUGAACAGGCACAAAAGGAUACACACUGGUGAGCUUUGGCACUCUCUCGCCUUGUCGUCUUUUCUUGUCGCUGUUUUCCGACUACCUACAUCCUUGGAGCUGCCCUUGAGGCCACUGCGAGGGUUUUUUUACAGUCCUUAUAGGGACGGCUUAGGUAGGAGGGGACAGUUGAUCCUUACUCUGAUGGGCUGACAGUUGCAUCAUAUGCUUGCCUAUACUGGCCCCACCUGUCUUCCAUCUAUCGUCUGUUUCGAUAAACUUUAGCGAAGACAUACUUUCCUGCAAAAUGAAAAUGCUAAGUGAAAAUUUUGUGUAACUUUUCUAGGAAAUAUGACUGAAGUUUAACAAGUAUUGCAAGCAGGCGGGAGAGUAAUUGUUACUGAAGUAGUCAUUUCUGUAGAAUUGGGUUUUAAAAUGCUGCUUGAAGAAUUCUUAACCUAUAGUUGGCUUACUAUCCUGUGUGAAUUAACUUAGCAAGCGGUGCAUGCCUAGCAGUAUUUCAACCCGAAGUAAGCAAUAGUUUCUAUUCUUAGGCAUAUUUUAAAAUUGAGGCCAACAUUCGAGUCUCGGGUUUAUGUGCGAGCACACGUGGGGGGAGGAGGAGGAGGGAGACUGAUUUAGCACUAGUACCGUUCGUUUAUUUGUAUGGGGUGUUUAACUCGUGCGGGAGCCCACCAUCAGAGGUAACAGCAGUACGCGAUCGAUUGGCAGGUAUAGAGAGCAUUAGUCAGUCAAUAUUCAGUGUCACAGGUCUGGAGAUGACCGCGGAGGACUCUGUGUGCGCUCGCGCAAGGUCAAUUUGUCGGUUGACUGAGUUCCCACGAGAGACCUAGGUUUCGAUCAGCUCCCCACCUGUCUCGCUUCCGGCUUGAGCACUCAUAUCGGUGCCUGCGACAUUGAACUGGCGACCCGCUUCAAGGGUUUGGGCAGUCACUUGUAAUAAUUAGUCACCCCGUUGCACAGCCAGUUUGUGCCCCUAUAUGUACAAUCUGGGGAUUUGUUAAAUCUGACCUGUGUAAUCACAAUGGUAGUUUAGGUGCGGUAUACGAUAUCCUAUAUCAGCUCUGGCACAAGUUCUAUGGUCUAUUAAAGAUCCACAAACUGCGACUAACUGUCGCCGUAAAAUACAGUCUUGCUCAUAAUUUGUCAAAGUAUAUGUAGUUCCUGUAACUGUAGUUUCUCCAGUGUACUUCGGCCUACUUAGCCUCCAGUUUUUUAGACCUCUGAGUCGCAUGAAAUAAUGGUCUCUUUCAAUAUGACGCCGUUAUUCACAUCCGCCCCACCGAGUUUCGCGCGCGUAGUCUUGUGCAACAAACUCGAAGAAGCAUACGACAGGACCCAGAAUCUCAUGAGGCUGUUUGAAUUGUGAACUAAAAGCUAACCUUACCCUUGCUGGAGAAACCUGUGAACAGAUCGGGGGAACUCUAAUGGUCUCCUCGAUCUCCGGUUUUAUGACAGAACUGGUCCUGGAGAAGCUAGAAUAGAUUGCUUUCAUCCAGCACGAGCCGGUCUCUUGGCGCCAGUACGCCAGCGACACCUUUGUUGUCGUCAGGACGAACAAGCCUCCGAACGCAAUCUCUUCAGAUAUGCGGUUAUCGAGAGUAGAAGAAAAGGUGCAACAGCUACUCUUCCUUAAUGUGCUCAUUAGUCAGCGAACACCAUGAAACUUUUCAGUUUUCGCAGUAACCAUCCGGUGAUUCACAAACAAUGUCACGUGAGAAUGCUCCCCAGACGGACUCAGAUUCACCACGGCCUCCCGGGAGAAAAAGCGCAUGAUGCCCGACCAGUUUAUGUAAAAUAGCUACCCCGGGACGUCUAAAAACCGACACCUACGUGUUCGCCCCCGGAGGACCCAAGCGUGCUCUGUCAUACAUUUAGGGCGUUAAAGAGACGAUCGAGCGCAUUGGUGCCGGACUAGGUGUUAGAGUUUCACACCGACCCAAAGCCACCACGCACAGCAUGUUCAUGAAAAUCAAGGACCGGUUAAAUUCCAGGAAACAGUCUGGUGUAGUGCAUCGUAUCCCGUGUUUAAACUGUCCUUGUAACUACACAGAUCGGGCCGAACGUAAGCGAGGUUUGCGCGUAUUCGCACAAGCUCUUCGUUAAACCGGGUGACGAAUUGCCACAAGUGACUGCCCACACUUUCGGAAUGAAUUAUGCGUUCAGUCGUUUAGCCACCAGGGCAACUGCUUAAACCGGGUGCAAGACAAGUAGGGAAUUGUUUGAAGCCAGGACUCCGAAAGAGAACACAAUCAACUGACAUAUUGACUUUGCACCUAAAAAGUCCUAUUCAUUCAUUUACAAACUACUCCUAGUUUUAUUCGUUGGAUAUUUUUCCUGCCCGGAUGUACUUCUGCACCUUUUUGCAGAAUGCUGUCGCAAAUUCUUUUCACUCCGAGAGUCGCCCCCCGACCAUGGGAUUUGAAUUACUUAGAGCAACCUUCAAUGAUAUGCGCCAGCAAGAACUUAACUUUUUUUGGUUUUUUACAACUUUAAGAGGAAAGGACCCGAUCUGUGCUGAUUCAGCACCUAUUCUUCAAUAGGACUUUCCGAAAUUUCCCCUCUCAGUCCUUAGAACGCUCUGUUACGGAAGGUCGGCAUACCGACUGCGUGGGUCCUGCUCUUAGUCACGAAUAUUAGGUCUUUUGAACCUAACAGUUCCCGCGCCCAUCCUCAGUUCCGUUGACUUGAGGGGCAGAAGAUCCCCUUUGCCAUUACUUUUUUCACAAGUUUAUAAUUCCUCAUACCCCCGCCCUCGCCCACCCGGGUUAUCCUUAAUUUUACUUAAGGAUCACCACUCACAAUUUGUCCUUUAAUGUCGGAGUUUACGGUGCGCCCAUUUUUUAGUCUAUAAUAGAAUGGAGGGUUCUCCUAAUCGGUUAGAAAAUACGCAAGCGCGGCGCAGAAAUGGGGACUGCCUCUCGUUGACGGGGAAGGCAGUUGCCUCUAUGUACAGUAUCCUCUAACCCCCGUUCCCCAACCUUGCUUUUUGAAAGCCCAAGAUGCGUCUAAUUCCGAUUUAUAGGCGAACGUCCCUAUCGGUGUGCCGUUUGCGCGAAGACCUUCUCCCAACCAGCUGUUUACAACGAGCACGUGAAACGGCACACGGGUGAGAGGCCCUACAUUUGUUCGGUCUGCUCUAAGGGGUUUCCGCGCUCUGCUCGACUGGCUGUGCACAUGCGGGUCCAUACGGGAGAGCGCCCCUAUCCUUGCAAUUCCUGUGACCGACGUUUCAGUCAGCCACAUCACUUGGCUGCUCACCUGUAAGUCCUUAUUUCUUUGCUCAUUUCUCCUCCCUACUCCCUCACCACCACCACCACCACCACCACCACCACCACCAUCAGCAUCAGCAUCAUCAGCAUCAGCAUCAGCAUCAGCAUCAGCAUCAUCAUCAUCAUCAUCAUCACUCCCUUCGCCUUUUUUCCUCUAUCUUCCCGCCUCGCAUUCCCCUCUCUUCCUUUUGUAUUGUAUUUAGUUCUUGUAGCCCUAGCCUGUUACACUACGUCCUCUCGUAGUACCCAUUACCUGCAAAGAGGUUAAGUAGUUAUAAUUUCAUUUUAGUCGAGUACACAGCGGUGACCGGCCUUUCUCCUGUUCCAAGUGUGACGUUAGUUUCGCUUGUAUCUCCAACCUCCGGCGACACCGGAAACAAGUGCACCCAGUGACCCCACCGAAUCCCGCCACAUCUGUGCCUAGUUCUGCGUCUGCCGAGACGCAGCAGCAGCACCAGUCGCUUUCAAGUGCCUCUGACAACAAGUUCUCUGUGCGACCGACUUUUAGCACCUCUUUGACCAUACCCCCCGAAGGUAACACGACAGAGGCCGUUCCGGCCGACGGAACGAUGGUGACUGGUCUUCUUUUCACGCCCUCUUGCUCCUCUCCUUCCUCCUCCUCUUCCUCAUCAGUUUCUGUGACGGCGGCUCUUCUGACCGCGGUCCCCUCCAGCACAGAAAAUUCUGGCUUACAUACGCACUCUACAAGUGAGUUUCUUCUAAAUAUUACCUCACACAGAAGUGACUCUGUCCAACUCUAGGGCGUCUGCGCUUUUCGAAUUUGAAGGCAAUUUUUUGUUCUGAGUGGAGUUAACAUUGAUCGUGCUGGUAGUCGCCAAAUGCUCAGAUGAACACUUUUCCAUGUUUUGGCACCUUGCUCAUGGGCAACAUGAACCUGGUCAUUUGAAGAAGGCAUAUGUCGCAGUGUCUCGAAAGACGUACAUAGUAGCGAAUCUGCGAUGUCCGAAGGUCUUUUGUAGUUACCAUAUGAAGUACUUUUCCUGUCGCAAGUUCUAAUGUAGUCUUAGUUCCUUCGGGUAGCAUCUGGUAUGCACUUAUACAUUUGGAAGACGAGGUGGCAAGCAUACGUAGCUUUCAAUAAAUUCUCGUCGGGCCAGUACAGUUAUAUAGGAAGGGGGUAGAAGUAAAACAUGUCAGCAAAAAGAGAAAUCGAUAAAAGUUCUCCUUAAAACACAGGCGGGAUGUGGGAAUGUGGGGGAGGGGGUAGGAGGGAAAGUAAUAGUAGCCAUUGUCAGGGCCGGGGUGAGAGCGGAAGUGCGCGGAGGGAGUCGCACCGUUAGUCUACCUUCGACCACUGUAGACGAGGAGCCUGAAAGUGGUUCUUCUGUGCUCAUAAGGUUGGCUUUCGUAACCUAAUGGCGGCCGCUUCCGCUGUCUUUAACAGGCGCUGGCCCAGUAGCUUAGGGUAGCUCGAUGGGACCUUAUAAAUCACACGAAAAGCUUCGUUGGGUCCACACGAUAAUAUGCGUGAGAAUGGCGCUGCUUAUGCUCCUCGUUUCGCCUUUUCCCAGCCAUGCUGGGAGGUGUUCCCGUAUUCUCUUGGAUAAGCGCCGACUCGUGCGACCAAUAUAACCUGUUCCACAGGAGCAAGUGAAGGGAUAUAUGCACAUUGAGGUGGUCUGUAGUGGCAACUUAUCCAUACCUUCUCCGCGUAAAAUACGGUUAGUAGAGAAUGAUAUUUGAACCCUUGCCACUGGGAAGGUUCGUGAGACAGCUUGAUCAAGGCGUCUCCUUAGGAGUUCACUCGCCGCGUCCCCUGGGAAAGGGACUUUAUACACUUAUACAUUUACCACUGACGACGGCUACUAAGCCAGAAAUAGCCAUUCCAGUCUCCCUUGUCGUUGUCGGCAAUAACAUACUGCCUAUAUCAUGCGCCGCUGUGCGGCUGCUGGUUGGGCUCGAGAGAGAGCCCGUAAGGCAUAACGGAACGAGUGAGUUCCGUAAGAACGAUCGGUGAGCGCCCUCUACCAUUUACCGUUGUCUCCACUUCUACAGAAAUUGCAGCCUGCGUGAAAUCUGUACCAAACAGGAAGUUAUAAUACCUAGAACUUCAUGCAUUUCUCCAAUGAUACAUGAGUAAACAACUCUUGCCGAAGUACCGCAAACAGUUAACGCCAGACGGUCGCUUCUAUUUUAUGGGAGACCAUGCCUUAUACUUUCAGACUAUUGGGAGAAAUUGUUAGAAUUUUUGGGUCGCGUUUGGUAUCGGAUACCCCACGGAGUUCAAGUUAACCUGUUUUAGUUGGCUACCGACUUUGCUUAAGUAGCAAUUCUAUUAUAUUCCAACUGUGCUAGCCGCGGAAAGCGUCCCUCGAAAGCUUCAGACCUGUGUAUGUGGACACAUUUUGACCCACCUUAAGGGCUACAACAGUAUCGUCUCACAUGCUUCCUCUCAGGCACGUCCACCUAAAUUUCACUGAACGACUUUAUGGCGCCUGCUUUGCAUGCCACCCUAGUCAUGCCACCAACUAGCAUCCGUUUCCGUGUUCUUUAGUCAAUGACUCUUUACUAGCGAGCGCCGAGUCUGCUCUUGCGAGUACCGGGGUUUCAAACUCCAGUCUUAUGGAUACCUCCUGCCUGAUCUCUACAUCAGAGGCCAGCAAUCAACAGGAUCACCAACAGCAGCAACAACAACAGUGUCCCGUCGCCUCCGGAGACGUACUAGCCUCGCAGAGAGGUAGCCUGGUUGGCCUUGCCUCCCCGGGGAAGAAGAACUUGGCGACCCCCUCACCGUCUGCGGCUGCAACGGAUCAGCCCGGCAACGGAGGCCACAUAAUGGAAAACCAGCCGUCUGCACUCGAGGCCCCCACUGGCCAGUUUCUUUUCGACUCCUCCACACACCAACCGGUUACAGAGCAGACGUUAGGGGUCUCUGGCGAUACAACAAUCUACAUCAACUCUGUAAGCUGCCACUUGUCUCGCAUACUGCAUUUUGACCUGUGGCUCUGCUCCCCUAUUCGAAGACGCCUGUUUCUUGUUUUUUUUGCAGAUUGACGUCUCUGCGGCGACAGGGGCUGGUGCUGAUAUUUCACACUUACCCAACAGUCCAGGUCACUCAGCCGCACUUAUUCCUACCUCCACGGCUGCAAUCCAGUUUCAGCACUUUGGCAACAUGCCCGUCGGGCAGUUUUCCUUCGCGCCAACAGUCUCGUUGGCGGCAGCGGCGGUCGACAGCAAGUCGCACUUAUUUGCCACCAAUGGAACGACAGCCCUUUUCUCCGAUUCAACCGCGUCAGAGGCUGCUGGUGUGGGCAACCCUCUUGCCUGUGCAAAGGCUGUCCAGAUAUGCUACUCUACCGUCCCGUCGGCGUCCGCACAGCACGAUCACACCACCGCUAUUCUACUGCCUACGGGACAGGUUUUCUCCAGUAACUCGGGCUUUGUAAGCGCCGCACCACCACUCACCUCGGUCGCCCUGCCAGAUAGUCAGCACAGACACUCCACCCUUCAGCAGUUGUCCACUGGGCAACUCAUCACCGCUCACUGUCAGCCAACAGCAGCGGCAGCAAUGCUGCUACCAUUUGCAUCCUCCGGUUUUUUUGCGACGACCGGCGGUGCAAUGGACAAUACAGCGGCUGUGGCGCCCUCGCAAAUACCCUCCAUAAUCACCUCCGGUAUCGCCUUCUCACCAGCCUGGCCGGCGGUUGUUACAUGUACGGGGACCUUCCAACUCUCCAACGUAUCACCCGCUACUGCUGCUACCUCCCACUCCCGAUCUGGAACUCCAAACGUCCAACCUACUGGUGCAAGCCCCAACCCUGCCGGCACCCCUCUCGCCUCAGUUUCGCCGCACGCGUUGGCGUCAACACGUGCGUCAAACAAUCCGAGUCUGGAAGCUUCACCUGCAGCUCUUGGCUGA